AUGGUGAAGCCGCAGCCAAAACUUCGACACACCGCUCCUGGCGAUGAACACAACGACAAUGACCAGCUGUUCGAAGAUGAAGGAUUCUCUAUCGACUCUAUGGGUGCUCCAGUUGUCCGUGACACCGUCUUCGAACCGGACUUCAUUAUUGUCCUUGUGGCUGAUGACCGAGAUAUUCCAUUGGUGUGCAUUGAGGUGAAGAAGGAAGGAGAGUCAUGUACGGCAGCGACAUCCCAGUUACAUGAUUAUAUCGAGGUCCUGGCCAAGAAGGAUCCCCAUGAUGAAUUCGUGGCUAUACUUGUGCUUGGCGUGAAAUACUACUGUUACAGCGCUAGUGGGAGGCGAGCACCGAGUGCGGGUGGAGCAGGCUGGGAGACGGCGGAGGAUUUAGAGGAAGCUUUUGAAAAAGUAGCCAAGCGUGCGUUAGGAGAGAAAGGAAAACGUCGUCGCUGA